UCCUGGCCGGCGCUGCCCAGGGAGGCGGUCCGCAUAGCGCCGCCCAAACUUUCCUUCGCGGCGGCGUCAGGCGGAAACAUCCCGCUCCGAGGCUCACGGAGAGCGAAGGGAGGCUCGGGCGCCAGAGGGGACAGGCCCGGGCCUGCGCGGGAGAGCGCCCCGGAGUUCCUGGGGACCCUGGAAGCGCCCUAACGGCAGGACUGCUGGCUGCGUGCGCCCAGGCGGAGGCAGCUCCAGGGCGCAGCUGCCCCUUCCCCGUGCCCCGCAGUGACCGUGACCUCCGCGCGCUCCCCGCGCACGUGCUCGCGGCCGAGGACGAGGAGGGGUCCCGCUGCGCCAGCUGGGCAGCCGCUCGCGGGCAGGCCAAGGGCGCACAGAGGCGGUGCGGGGGAGCGCGCACGCUGCGACCCCGCCUUCACGGCAUCGGACUGGCCGCUGCGAAAGCAGAGCCGCCGGGUGUUGUGCCCGACAGGCAGCGCCGCUGGAUUCCGUGCGGGGCGGACUCGCGGAGGGACAGGUGUAGCCCGCAUUCGGCGGCGCCUCGCGCCGAAGAACUGGGUGGGCUCGGCGGCCCGGAGGGGGCUCGCGGGGCUCGGAGCUCCGGUCCCUGCCACGCAGGCCGGUUGGCACCACUUAGCGCUGCCAGCCGCACAGAAGGAAGUCGCAGCGCAGCCCGGUUCCCCAGCGGCUGCUCGGGCGCGACCCUGGCGCCCACUGCCCGCGGCGGCCUCCGCAACGGCCCCGGGACCUAGAGGUGCGCGCCGCCGCCGGCGCCGCCCCCAUGCUGCUCGGAGCGCCCAGGCUGUGCGCGUCCAGGGCGGCCGCCGCUGCGCAGAGCGAGGGCGACGGCGACAGGCUGGGCGGGGACAUGGACGAGUCGUCGCUCCUGGACCUGCUGGAGUGCUCCGUGUGCCUGGAGCGCCUGGAUACGACGGCCAAGGUGCUGCCCUGCCAGCACACCUUCUGCCGCCGCUGCCUGGAGAGCAUCGUGUGCUCGCGUCACGAGCUGCGCUGCCCCGAGUGCCGCAUCCUCGUGGGCUGCGGCGUGGACGAACUGCCCGCCAACAUCCUGCUGGUGCGCCUGCUGGACGGCAUCCGCCAGCGGCCCCGCGCCGGCACCAGCCCUGGCAGCAGCCCACCCGCGCGUCCUGGUCCGGGCCCCGGCCCCGGUUCGGGAGCGGCCUCGGCGCUCGCGGGUCCUGGGGGCAGCGCCUCUGGCUCCCCGGUUCUCCUCCCCGCGGCGACCAGCGCCAACGCCAGCCUGCGCGAGCUGGCAGCCAGCAGGAGCGCGCCCCCAGCAAAGAGCCUUCCCCAGCCGUCCCCCAGCAAAGCCCUGCACAGCUGCGAGGGGAAGGAGCCCGGGGACCUCAGGCUCAGCGAGGGGGACGUCAUGGUCUUGCAGCACCGGGUGGACGAGCGCUGGUACCACGGCCUCCUGCCCGCCAGCCACGUCCAGGGUGUGCGGCCUCUGCCCCAGGCCCCGCCCCAGGGCAAAGCACUCUAUGAUUUCGAGAUGAAGGACAGAGACCAGGACAAGGACUGUCUGACCUUCGGCAAGGAUGAAGUCCUGACUGUAAUCAGAAGAGUGGACGACAACUGGGCGGAGGGAAUGCUGGGAGACAAGAUCGGGAUCUUCCCCCUGCUGUACGUGGAGCUCAACGAUGCCGCCAAGCAGCUGAUGGAGAUGGACAGGCUGGGCCCGGCCUCAGCGUCCGGCUGCCUCACCUUCAUGCCCUCUGACCCCGGUGCGGGGGCCAGCGCGGCCCCAGGUCCCACUUCAGGCAGCACGGGGGCGGUCAGCGCCUUCCAGCGGCGUGUGGACAGUAAGAAGAAUGCCAAGAAGCGACACUCCUUCACGGCGCUCAGCGUGACGCACAGGUCCACACAGGCCGCCAGCCACAGGCGCUCCAUGGAGAUCAGCGCCCCCGUGCUGAUCAGCUCCAGCGACCCACGGGCCGCGGCCAGGAUCGGGGACCUGGCGCACCUGUCCCGCAGUGCACCCACCCAGGACGCCUCGGCCGGAUGCACCCCAGUGGCUGAACAGCAGGGCACAGCUCCCAAAGUCCAGCUGCCCCUCAACGUGUACCUGGCGCUCUAUGCCUACAAGCCCCAGAAGAGCGACGAGCUGGAGCUGCGCAAGGGCGACACGUACCGCGUGCUGGAGAAGUGUCGGGAUGGCUGGUUCAAGGGCACAGCGCUGCGGACGGGGCUCUCGGGCGUGUUCCCGGGGAACUACGUGACGCCCGUCUCCAGGGUUCCUGUAGGCGGGGCUGGGCCACCCCGGAAUAACGCGGUCGGAGGGUCUCCGCUGGCCAAGGGGAUGGCCACAACGCUUCACCCAGGCGGUGGGAGUCUGAGUAGCCCGGCCACGGCCCUGAGGCCAGCCCUCCCCCUCACCAUGGCCCAGGCUCCGGCCCAGCACCAGGCAGUCUCGCCCGCACUGAGCAGUUGUCUGCGGCACUCAGUUCAGCCGGCGGCCAGCCAAGCCCGGAGCGCCGGCCCCCCCGCUGCCCACCCGGCCCAGGUGCAGGGCCGGCCCACCGCCGCAGUGUCGCCCCUGCGCGCCCAGAGCCUGCCCGCCAUCGGGUCCCCACAGCACAGCCCCCGGCCAGCCAUCCCGCUCUCGUCGGCAGCCUCGGCCGUCACUCCUCCUAACGUCAGCGCCGUCCACCUCCACGGGGAGGCCGGAGCGGGCCCUGCCGGCGGCUGGUCGGCACCCAGCCCCACCAGUGCAGGAGGUAGACCCGACGAGAGGAGAAGCGAAAGGAAAGACAAGAAGCCCGGGCUUCUGAAGCUGCUGGCCGGCGCGUCCACCAGGAGGAAGUCGCGCUCCCCGCCGUCCACCUCGCCCACCCACGACCCCCGGGCAGCGGCGGACGCCUCCCUCCAGGGCGCGGUGGGGCCCGAAGUGUCCUCACUGUCCGUCCACGGCAGGGCCGGGUCCUGCCCCGUUGAGGGCGAGAUGCAGGGGGCCUUGGGGUUGGAGCCGCUGCACAGGAAGGCGGGCUCCUUGGAUCUGAGCUUCCCGUCGCCCUCCCGGCAGGCCCCUCUCUCCGCGGCCGCCAUCCGCCCCGAGCCCAAGCUGCUGCCCAGAGAGAGGUACCGCGUGGUGGUGUCAUACCCGCCCCAGAGCGAGGCAGAGAUCGAGCUGAAGGAAGGGGACGUGGUCUUCGUGCACAAGAAGCGUGAGGACGGCUGGUACAAGGGGACCCUGCAGAGGAACGGCCGCACCGGCCUCUUCCCCGGCAGCUUCGUGGAGAGCUUCUGAGGCCGUGACUGCUGCCCCCCCAGGGACGGAGGUGCAGGGACCCCAGGGGAGCGGCCGCCCAAGGCCCUGGGUCCUUCUGGGGACCUGACGGGGACGCCCGCACGCGCAGGACCCGGGGGCGAGGAGGUCACGCCUUCCACCCGUCCGUGUCCUCUGACAGGGAGCAGACGCCGCCGGGGCGCUCCUCUGCCAUCUGCUGGCGGGGCCAGCGGGGGGCAGGGCCCCGCGCUUUGGAGAGCGUCCUUUGGGCGGCUCCGGGUGUCCCGUGGGUCCUGACCCUCGUCUCCGGCUAUACCUCAGGCACCUCCACCUGGAGCCUCAGCAUGGUGCCCUGGCCCGGGGUCGUCAACUGCCCCGUCCAGGCAAGGCCAGCACGUGGCUCCCACGGGGCGAGGUGGCAGCAGUGCCUCGUGCUUUGCCACCACUGUCCCCUCUCCCUCGUGCUUCUUCUUUCUUACGUCUUUUUACUGCCAAGCUGUUAGACUUCAUAAAUGUCUAACAGGUCGUUCACUGCCUAUUUUUCAUACAUCUGGUGCUGCCUUUUUGUAAAACCAGUCGGGACUUGGUUGAGCUUGAAAGAAAAAAUCUCUGGGGCGACACCAAAGGGGCAGAACUUUUACAGGCACCAUGUGAACCUGGAGAGCCAGGUCUUCACAGCCUCGGUGCUCGUGGGGCCAGAGGGGCCUGGGCAUUGGAGGGAGUUAGGAAAAGCCCGUGUCUUUCCACCCUUCCAGAGCCCCUGCCGCAUCUGGAGAUGUUCUGACAAGAGGUGGCAGUAAAGGAGCAGGAGGGUGGACCCCAGGUCAGGAGGCAGGACUUCCCUUCUGCGCUGUAGAGGGGACACCACAGCCGGCACUUCCACUGUCCAAACGUGCGGUUUUUACCACCGUUCAGACCGACUGCCUUGUGACGGUUUCUCCUUUUUUUCUUUAAAUAAAUAACUGCUCUGCUCUCA